AUGCCACUCAUAAACGGCCAGAAGAUGGCCUGCGAGCCGUGCAUCCGAGGCCAUCGCUCCACCAAAUGCACGCACGCCAGCGAACGGCUCAUGGUCCCCGUGCGCAAGCCCGGACGGCCUCUCAGCUCAUGUCCGCAUCCCUCCGCGCAGCCCUGCGGCUGUGCCGCCGUCACGGCCGCCUUUCCCAGGAAACAAAAGUGCCGCCGCUGUGACACUUCGGACAAGCCGUCCGGCUGCAAGCCCGGAGGCCAGGAGGACGACAAGGAGACCUCCAACGGGCUGGUGACCCCCCCGAGUCCGUCCCAGAAAGCACCCGCAGCAAAGGCGACGACGUAUCGCGUGCAGAAGACGAGCUCCAAGAAUGGAAGCGGCAAAAAGCAGAUCGACCUCGCAGGCCUCGAAAGGAUGGAUGCGAGCCAACUCAACAUACUAUCGUCUCCCGAAUCGAAACCUUUGCAGUCAUCCUGCUGUACCGUGCCCACGACGCCCGCCGCCCCCCUUCCCGGCCAGGGGAUGAUGGGCUUCAUCCCGAAUGGUCGGUCUUUCAGCCUUGGUCCGGCCAUGUUUCCCUUACACUCGGGGCUGGAAGGUCUACUUCCGGCCAACGGCCACGGUCCAUCCGAACCCCUUCAUCCAAACGAGCAGAACGCAGCCCCCGCUGCCGGAAGUUGCUGUGGCGGUGGGAAACCGAGAACAAUUUCCACGCAUGCGCCAAAUCCUGCCGGACUCGACUCAUCUAGUAUAAAUACUCAACCGCCUGGAAGCAUGCCAACGCCAGGAGUUGGUCCUCCGGUUAAUGGCAUGAUGAUGCCUCAGUUCAAUGCGCAGAUGGACAUGCCCAAUGUCACGUUUCCAUACUUUGUCCAGCCAGGGGUAUUCGCAUACCCGCCCCAGUACGGCUCCUUUCAACAGCCCCUACAGCCGGAUCAGUGGAGGCAGCUGAUGGCCACGAUGAACUAUACGCAUCCGAUGACGAGUGUGCAAAACGUGCCGUAUGAUGACACGGCUCAGGUGCAGUUCUCUCAGAGCAACGGCCUAGAGGCGCCCUGGACGUCCCACCAGUGCGGCUGCGGGGACUCGUGCGAGUGCAUUGGUUGUGCCACCCACCCGUACAACCAGGCCACGCAAGAUUACGUCCGAUCUGCCUGGAACAGCAUGCAAGAGGAUGCUUCCAAGGGUCACAGGCACUCUGACAGCACUCAUAGCGCCCUCGGCGGCAACAACGGGACGGCCACGCCCGCGAACCAGUCGCCAAACGGCGGCUCGACGCCCACGGGGGGCCAGGUGGAAGGCUUCGUGUCACCCACAAUGGCGCAGACGCCGUCAGAGGGCAACUCGGCCGUCGAAGAGGCAGCUCUGUCGGCGAGCGACUUUUUCUUCGUGAGCUACCCGUUUGGCGAACUGUGCGAGGGAGAGAAGGCCAGAUGUCCUUGCGGGGACGACUGUUCGUGUAUCGGUUGUUCGAUACACAACACAUCCCCAGCUGUGGCUGAGUUUGGAAGUUAG